ACAAUUCAGCUUGACAGCAGGAGUGUGCGGCUAUCGUUGGACUACUGAGACAAGCGUUUUGAAACCUAUCCAUUGUGUUUUGUUGUUUCAAAUGAAAAUCUGUUUACCAGAAAAUGAAGGUUGUUGCGCUGAUAAGUGGUGGCAAGGACAGCUGUUACAAUAUGAUGCAGUGCGUUGCUGCAGGGCAUACUAUAGUGGCACUUGCCAAUUUGCGACCCGCACAACACACAGAUGAGUUGGACAGUUACAUGUACCAGACAGUGGGGCAUCAGGCCAUAGACCUGUAUGCAGAAGCCAUGGACUUACCGCUCUACAGACGCACAAUCGAGGGAUCCAGCCUAGACACUGGGAAGGAUUACUGCCAACGAGAAGGCGACGAGGUGGAAGAUCUAUAUCAGCUCCUGAAGCUUGUUAAGGAAAAGGAGAGCGUGGAAGCCGUGUCUGUCGGGGCCAUUCUGUCUGACUACCAGCGGGUCCGAGUGGAAAAUGUGUGUUGUCGUCUGCAGCUGCAGCCUCUGUGCUACCUGUGGCGUCGUGAUCAGGAGUGUCUGCUGGCUGAGAUGAUAUCCAGUGGCGUCCACGCCCUCCUCAUCAAAGUGGCCGCCUUCGGCCUGGACCCUGAGAAGCAUUUAGGGAAGUCUUUGGCCGAGAUGGAGCCUCAUCUGAAACAGCUCUCGCAGAAGUAUGGAGUGCACAUUUGUGGCGAGGGGGGCGAAUACGAGACCUUCACGACCGAUUGCCCUCUUUUCAAGAAAACGAUUGUCAUCGAUUCCAUGGAGACGGUGAUCCAUUCGGCAGACGCGUUUGCUCCGGUCGGCUACCUGCGCUUCACUCAGAUGCACACCCAGGACAAAGGCCAGGGCCCCACCGCGAGUCCUCUGCCCCUCCGCACUUGUCCUUGCCAAAGCGCCAUUGACAAGAUGACUGAAGAGGCGGAAUAUGCUGAUAAAACCCCAGCCAUCCAGGAAGAAUUUACAUCAAACCACGACCUUACUUGUCAACGGGGUCACGGGCCCGCUCCUCAGCGUUCUCUCCGUAGCUCAGCAGGGUACCAGUGGAUAAGUGGCCUCACUGGCGCACGUAGAGGAGAAGAACAGGAGGAGAAGGAGGAGAAGGAGGAGGAGGAGGAGGAGGAGAGCACGGGUAUCACAGCCCAGACUGAGCGGGCUUUCAAGAUGCUGCAAGCGGAGCUGCAUAAGGGAGGAUGGCAGAUGAAGGACAUAGUGCUGGUGCACCUCUACGUCAGCAGCAUGGCCGACUUCAAGGAGAUCAACACCGUCUACGUCUCUCACUUUGGGUCCGGCCCCCCUGCCAGGGUGUGUGUGGAGGCCCCUCUGCCCAGAGGAUGCCUGCUGCAGAUGGACUGCCUGCUGCAUGCCUGGCCCCAGCCUCCCUCCGAGGGCCACUUCCAGAGCAGGGAGGCCAUGCACGUCCAGAGCCUGUCCCACUGGGCUCCCGCCAACAUCGGGCCCUACAGCCAGGCUGUCAGGGUGGAGGAGGCGGUGUUCUGCGCGGGUCAGAUCGCGCUGCUGCCCUGCAGCAUGCAGCUGGUGGACGGGGGCGGUGGUGCGGCUCUGCAGGCCCAGCUGUGCUUCAGCCACAUGGGCCGCGUGCUGCAGGCCAUGGGCUCCAGCCUGACGCUGCGCCAUGCCCUGCAGGCCCACUGCUACGUCACCCAGCUGGGGCACGUGCCCGCCGUCAGGGGCAUCUGGCAGAGGAUGUUACGCCAGGCAGCAGCGGAGGAGGAGGUUUGCUAUGGAGAGCCAGAGGUGCAUUGUGGGCCGCUGGUGAUGGCGGUGGUGCCCACUUUACCCCGAGGAGCAGCCGUGGAGCUACACGUCAUGGCGGUGCAGGACGACCCCGCGGACCGAACGCACGCCCAGACCUCCACCCAGGUGCCAGGUGCUUCGGUCUCAUGUGAACUGGCACUGUCGAGCGACGGGCAGUUCGCCACCCUCUCUCUGGUCGUGGCCGCCUCCACCUCCGCCUCUUGGGCUAAGUGCUCGGCCGUGGAUCCCGGGGUCAUCUUGGAGGCCGUAGGCAGCACGCUGGUGGAGUCUCUGAAGAAGACGGAGAGGCAGCUGACCCCGCUCUGCUGCAGAGGGUUCUUCAGGACAAGUGAUGCUGUGGGCCGACAGCUGGCUUCAGGUCUGGAAGAGUGCUUGCAGCGCGGUCUGGGCCAGGAGAGCCCAGCUGUGGUUCUGGUUCCUGCUCUGGACCUGCCAGAUAGAGGACUUCUCCACCUGUCUCUCUGGCUCAGUGUAUAGCAGAGGAGUGAAGAGGAGUAGAGAGAUGAGCCAGGGGGAGAGAGGAGAAAAUGAAGGGGUCUGGUGAGGAGAGAAG